AUGUCUGUCGAAAACGCAAAGUACGCCAACGACGUGUCCGAGUACGUCGAGGCGGCCCUCUGCCCAGCCACGCCGGCCUUUGCACACGCCUACUCCAACACCAGCGCCCACGGCAUUCCCGAGAUCGCACUCUCGCCCAGCCAGGGCAAACUCCUCUCCAUCCUCACACGCGUCUCUGGAGCCAGGAACGUCCUCGAAAUCGGUACCCUGGGCGGCUACUCCGCGCUUUGGCUCGCGCAGGGCCUGAAAGACUCCACCGGCGGCGGCAAACUGACCAGCAUCGAGAUCGACCCCGGCCGACGCGACGUGGCGAUCGAGAACCUCGAGUACGGCGGCGUCAAGGUGCCCGAACAGGUCGACAUCCUGCUCGGCGCGGCACUCGACGUCCUGCCCAAGCUGGCCGACGAGAUCGCCCGGGGCAAGCGCGACAAGUUCGACGUCGUCUUCAUCGACGCGGACUGGGACAAUCAGUGGGCGUACUUCGACUGGGCCGUCAAGCUGUCCAACGGAAAGGGGAGCCUGGUGUACGUUGACAAUGUCGUCCGACAGAUGCUUAACACGGGUGUCGUUGGCCCUGCUGCUGCUGCUGCUGCUGCUGCUGCUGCUGAGGAGGAGGAGGACGUGAAAGUUCCGAAUCUGGUCGAGAAGGUCGGCAAGGACGAAAGGGUCGAUGGGACUGUGAUUCAGACAUGUGGUGGGAAGAAUUAUGAUGGCUUCUUGCUUGCUAUAGUGCGGUAG